AUGUCGUUCGAAGAAACCGAUUCAGAAGAAAGCAUUAACUCACGAAGUGAAGUGAGUUCUUUGGAUGAUGAUUUCGAUAGCAUUCAUCUCGAAUCCGAAAGCUCUGACGAAGAAGUGACAGAUGACGAGGUCGAUUCAAACGUCUGGAAUGAAAUCAAACCAGAAUCGGAUGAUGAAUUUGUGGAAGACCAUGGCCUCGUCGAAGAAGUAACUUCCACUUCAGGAAACAAUACAAUCGACCCUAUCGAUUGCUAUCGACAUUUCGUUACGGACGAAAUUAUUGACCUGAUGGUUCGUGAAACUAAUCGCUAUGCGGAACAAUAUUUGCAAACUCAUGAGAUUAGUAGACGGUCAAAAUUUCGUCAAUGGAAACCAACCACCAAUGAAGAGAUGCUGAAGUUCUUUGGAAUCAUUAUCGAGAUGGGAUUGGUACAAAUGCCGAAACUGAAAUACUACUGGAGCAGUAGUCAAUUGUACGGAUUAGAGAUCAUACGUACUGCUAUGUCGAGAGAGAGGUUUGAAUUACUCCUUAAAUUUUGGCAUUUAUGA